CAAAGCACCAUUUGUCUCUCAAUAUCUGAAAAAUUAAAGUUCCGUUUCAAAACAAACUCUCUGUGUCUCUUUCUCUCCGAAAGAAACAGUCCAGACUUUAAUGGCUGCUCCACUUCCAUUCUUCCUCAUGGAGCAAACCCAAGGACCCUCCAAAAUCCAUAUUGAAUCAGGUUCUUCGAAAACUGAACCCACAAGGAACCGCGGCAGUAAGCCCAGCAAAGGUCCACCAGCUCGCAAGAAGCAACCUCAAAGAGGUAUGGGCGUAGCUCAACUGGAGCGCCUAAGGUGCCAAGAAAUGAAGAAGACGACAGGAACUAAUCAACUCGAGUCUUGUAAUCUUCAACCAGCUAACUCUCUUUUACCUGACCUGAUUAACAGUGUUCCGAUUCAAUAUGGCUCAGUAAGCUAUGGUGUACCCAUGUUUAGUGGUGGUAGGUUUUUGGCUUUUGACCAGGGUUUGCUGGUUAAGCGGAUUGAGAAUGGUGGGAUUGCCGAGUUGAAUGGUAGUCCUGGUUUGGGUCAGUUUUUGGUUAAUCCGUACGUUUUUGGAGCACCAGAUAUGAGGGUUCGUGUUGGGACUACUGCCGCUGUGUUUGAGACCUCGAAAGAGCUCUCUUCAAUGCCAAAGAUGAUGCAGCAUUAUGAGCACACUCCCUCUGAUGUCUGCGUCAAGAAGAAGAGAUUCAAUGGGGAGAAUAUAGGAUAUCAUAAUGGAAGGAGAGAAAAGUUUGCAGAGAUAUCAGCAAUCAAUGGUUCUGAUUUUCUAGGAUUAAAUCUUGAAAAUCAGAUCGACCUUAAUGAUCAAAUGGGUGGAUUUAGUGCCAGAGCUGCAAGAAGUGCUUUCGACGCCAAUCACAAUCUAAGCGAAGGUGUAGAGUUAGUGGCAAUCCACAGGAAGGGAAACACAACGGGUGGAACUGUUUUCAUGGAAUAUGAGUUUUUCCCAGGAGAAAAAAGUGGUAAAAGCAGCACUUGUUCCAAGGAAAUGGAAUUUCCUGCAGAAGCGUCAGUUGCCGUAGUGGAAGGUGGUGAAGCUUCAUGUGUUACGACUUCUGAUUACAGUGGUUCCAGUAGUGCAUCUAAUGCUGCUUCUAAUUCUGUUGAUUUGUCCCUCAAGCUUUCAUGUUAGAGACAAAGGGUAACUUCUGUUUUGGUUUUGGUGCUUUUGGAUAUCUGUGUGUAUGUUUGAUUCCCAUACCUCAUGAAUCCAAACCCUUUUCGUUUCCAUUUGUUCUUGAACUGAUACACCUACCAAAGAGGUGCACUACAUACCCUUUCUCUCUCUCCCUCUCUCUCCAAGAUUGUCAGAACUGCUUAGCUUUCUUUAUGGUCUUACCAUUGUUUCUCCAGACUUGCUGUGGGAUCAAGUUCAUCUGCAGUUCAUCCGCAUUUAUUAGGAUAAUGCAAAUAAUUAUGUAAUUUUAUUAUAAAAAAUUAAAUAUUUUUACAAUAGUCCUCUUUAAUUGAUUUUCAUAAUCAAUGUUUUCGCAUUGAUUAAGCAAAGACAAUAUUAAAAAGUUGUUUUUUGUUGGAUUUAA